UCCCUGCAGCUCCGCUCUGUGUUGCAGCCGCUGAGCUCACAGUCCGCUCCGGUUCUGCUCUCUCCUCCCGGGACCCCUGAGCGCUAGUUGGGCCCCUGGAAGCCCUGGGAUCUGUACCGAGCGCCCCUGGAACCCUCCGCACCCCGGGACUGGCAGCCCUGCGCCCCCCUUUGGACUUGUGGGACCCCCGGACCCUGCAGCACUCCCAUGCCCUGAGGACCCCCAUCUCCGGACCCAGUUCCCCUCGGCCCCAGUGAUUGGCAGCCAACAUGGCAGCGCGGUGAUGCUGAGUCGGUGCUGCCGCAGUAGGACCCGUGGCUUCACCAUGUGGCUUCCCCGGCCGAGGGCCCUGACGGCGCUUUCCUUAUUCAUCUUCCACCUUUCCGCGUCCCAAGUCGCCGUAGAGACCCCCGAGAAGGAUUACUGCUCGCGGAGGGAGCACCCCAUCCUUUCCUUUCAAGAACUUAAGCCCUGGUUGUCCAACUUCACCUUCAGCGACGUACGGGAUUUCUCUCAGCUGGCGCUGGAUCUCAACCGCAAUCAGCUCAUCGUAGGCGCCAGGAAUUACCUCUUCCGACUGAGCCUCCACAAUGUCUCCCUCAUCCAGGCAGCAGAAUGGAGUUCGGAUGAGGACACUCAGAGAUCUUGUCAGAGCAAAGGCAAAACUGAGGACGAGUGUCAGAACUACGUGCGAGUCCUGAUCGUGAGCGGGAAGCGAGUUUUCACCUGCGGAACCAACGCCUUCUCCCCGGUUUGCACCAGUCGCCAGGUGGGGAACCUGAGCAAGGUGAUAGAGAAGAUAAAUGGGGUGGCUCGCUGCCCGUACGACCCCCGGCACAACUCCACGGCGGUGAUGACCACGCGGGGGGAGCUUUACGCGGCCACGGUUAUCGAUUUUUCUGGCCGGGACCCUGUAAUCUAUCGGAGCUUGGGGAGCGUCCCCCCACUGCGCACCGCCCAGUACAACUCCAAAUGGCUGAAUGAGCCCAACUUUGUGGCCGCCUACGACAUCGGGAUCUUCACGUAUUUCUUCUUCCGGGAGAACGCGGUGGAGCACGACUGCGGGAAGACGGUUUACUCCCGGGUGGCGAGGGUCUGUAAGAACGACUACGGGGGGCGUUUUUUGCUGGAGGACACCUGGACCACCUUCAUGAAGGCGCGGCUGAACUGCUCCCGCCCCGGCGAGAUCCCCUUUUACUACAACGAGUUGCAGAGCACUUUCCUCCUCCCCGAGCAGGACCUCAUCUACGGGGUCUUCACCACCAACGUGAACAGCAUAGCAGCCUCCGCGGUCUGUGCCUUCAACCUCAGCGCCAUCACCCAGGCCUUCAAUGGGCCCUUCCGGUACCAGGAGAACCCCCGGUCCGCUUGGCUGCCAACCAUUAAUCCAAUACCCAACUUUCAGUGCGGGAUUCUGAAUGACGACAGCCCCAACGAGAACCUGACGGAGAGGAGCCUGCAGGACGCCCAGCGCCUCUUCCUCAUGAACGACGUGGUGCAGCCGGUGUCGGUGGAGCCGCUGGUGACCCAGGACAGUGUCCGAUUCUCCAAGUUGGUGGUGGAUAUCGUCCAGGGCAAAGACACUUUGUAUCACGUCAUGUACAUCGGCACCGAACACGGCACCAUCCUCAAGGCUCUCUCCACCGCCAACCGGAGCCUCCGCAGCUGUUACCUGGAGGAGAUGCACAUCCUGCCCAUUGGCCAACAGGAGCCAAUCAGGAGCCUCCAGAUCCUGCACAGCAACAGGUCCCUGUUUGUGGGGCUGAACAAUGGGGUCCUGAAGGUGCCGCUGGAAAGGUGCUCCAUCUACAGGACGGAAGGCGACCGCCUGGGGGCCCGGGACCCCUACUGCGGCUGGGACAGUAAGAAGAAGCGCUGCACACCUUAAGCUUACCCGCACUAUAUCACUGGGCCCAGAAACACUCUGAGUUGUCCGGUGAGUGGCCUAACUGUACAUGGGGGGCGGGGGGCUUGGUGGGUCCGUGCCAAACACUCCCCGACGGGGCUCUUCGGCCUGUGCCCGUUCCCACGGGUCUGCGACAACCCCCUGCCGCGCUGCGGGGGGCGGGACUGCGACGGGACGCGGAUAGAGAUCGCCAACUGUUCCCGGAAUGGCGGUUGGACUCCAUGGUCAUCGUGGGCUCAGUGCAGCACUUCCUGUGGGAUUGGGUUCCAAGUUCGGCAGCGGACGUGCAGUAACCCCGCCCCUCGCUGUGGAAGAGUCUGCGUGGGGCAGAGCCGGGAGGAACGGGUUAAAAUGAUGCUUGAUGGCUUGUUCUGCAAUGAGAACAGUCCGUGUCCGGUUCCGAUCUUCUGGACCUCCUGGGGCUCUUGGACUAAGUGCAGCUCAGACUGCGGGGGGGGGACCCACUCACGGCAACGAUCCUGCGAGAACGGAAACACCUGCCCCGGCUGUGCCAUGGAAUUCCGGCCGUGUAACUCCGAGCCCUGCCCCGAAGUGCGCAGAAAUACCCCCUGGACGCCGUGGACGCCGGUCAAUAUCACCCAGGGCGGCGCCCGCCAAGAGCAGCGGUUCCGUUACACCUGCCGCGCGCAGCUCGCCGACCCCCACAACCUGCAGUUUGGAAGGAAAAAGACGGAGACGCGGUUCUGCCCCAACGACGGUUCUGCGGCCUGCGAGACGGACACUCUGGUGGAUGAUUUGAUGCGGAACAGUAAGACCCCCGGCCGUACGGUCAGCGGGGGGUGGAGCCCAUGGAGCGGUUGGUCUUCCUGCUCCCGGGAGUGCGAGCUGGGGUUCCGCACCAGGAAAAGAACCUGCAGCAACCCGGAACCCCGGAAUGGAGGCCUUCCCUGUGCCGGGUCGGCCAUGGAGUAUCAGGACUGCAAUCCCCAGCCCUGCCCAGUGAAGGGCUCGUGGUCCUGUUGGUCACCGUGGACCCAGUGCUCAGCCACGUGCGGGGGGGGCCAUUACCAACGGACUCGGACCUGCACCAACCCCCCACCCUCCAAUGGGGGCGACAUCUGUAUUGGGCUCCACACCGAGGAGGCGCUGUGUAACACUUACCCCUGUGAAGGAGGUUGGGCCGAGUGGUCGGAAUGGAGCAUGUGUCACGAGGACGGGUCUCAGUAUCGGAACCGAUAUUGUGAGAUACACAACCCGGGGCCCACCCAGUGCCUGGGGAACAGCACCCAGUUCCGUGACUGUAUCUACAAUGAAAUCCCAGUGAUCCUGCCGGCUUCCAGCAUUGACGAGAACAGCGAGUGCGGAGGAUUCAGCCUGAUUCACCUUAUUGCCACCGGAGUCUCCUGUUUCUUUGGCUCCAGUCUCCUGACCUUUGUGAUCUACGUCUACUGCCAGCGGUGCCAGCGCCAGUCCCAGGAAUCCACCGUCAUCCACCCGGCGACCCCCAACCACCUGCAUUAUAAGGGGAGCUCCACCCCCAAAAACGAGAAGUACACUCCUAUGGAGUUCAAGACGCUCAAUAAGAACAACCUGCUCCCAGACGACCGGACCAACUUCUACCCGUUGCAGCAGACCAACGUUUACACCACAACUUACUACCCCAGCACGCUGAGCAAAUACGAUUUCAGACCGGACUCCUCUCCGGGCAGAACUUACACCAACAGCUGAGGUCCGGCCAAGGGCAGAACUGCUAUCUGUACCUGAAGUGUUCCUCGCAACUCCCCCCAUAAAAACUGUGGCCCGGCUCGGCCCCCAACGCUGGGCGGGAUGGGUAGGAUCUCGGAUCAGACCUGCUGAUUAUUCUUUGUGAACUCUUUGUAGAUGUUGGACCGGAGGAGACCCAGGGGGUGAUGUUGUGGUGGCAUCUCCGGGGGGUCCGUACUGGGGAGGAGGGACGAUUGUCCUCUGAUUACUUGAACACAACACGUUGCCUGUGCAGAGUAACCAAGACUCUUUCUUUUUUUUUGGGGGGGGGGGUUCUCCAAUGUUUAAUCCUUUUUUGGGGGGGUGGGUGUAGGGGGGUGGGACAUGUUUCUGUAGGAGACGCCCCAUUACACUGAAUGGCUUUAGUGCUUGCAUGAGCAUCUCCGGCUCUCUCACCGUCACCGCACUUUCCCCUUUUCACCGGUAUUUUGGAUUUUUACCCACCGUCGCCUUCCGGACUAUUGGGUUGCUGGAGGGGGUCCCUGGCGCCAUUUUCAACGGACUUGUGCAAGAUGCCGGAGUUCCAUGGCCAGUUGCAUUGGAUGAUUGCCAGCAACCCAAACGGGUCAGUUGGGCUUCACAGAACCGACCUCGCGUGCUACUGAAGGGAGGUGUUUGUGGGGUGUUGAAGUGUACGGCACCCUACUGUCAGUGGAUACGGUUCCAACUACUCCUUUGCUGGCAAAGGGGACUAGCAGCCAAUUGCUUAUCUCCGGGCCCCAUCGCCGAACCCUGGAAUCAACCAAUAGGGACACAGCAAUGCACAUCUCUCCCACCCCUCUCCUUGGCAGAAGUGUAACAGUCUGAUAGGCUACCGGAGAAGGCGUGUCCUUGAGUCUGUCCAAUCUAAGGGCUUCAUUUUUACCUGACUCUAGCAACGCGGCCCUAUCAGGGAGGGCCCUUGUGCCUAAUGGAACCCUACGAGGCUCUCGACUCCCCGCGGAACGUUCCGAUUUUGAUCUCUCGGUGCAUUUUUUUCAUUUUCAUGUUUCCUAGAAUUAUGAAUGUUGAGUUUUUUUUUUUAGUAUUUUAGUAUUUUUUUAUAAAAAAAACAAAAUAACAGGAGAAAGAAUGUCAGAAUUGCAUUUUGUCUUCCACACUGUAUCUUCUAUACGAGACGUCUCGACCCGGGGGCGGGGCUAAAUAGGCCGACACCCAAAGUGACUGACGGGUGGGCGGAGUCAUACUUACCCCUGCCAAGGGCACCAAUGCUUAUGUGGGUCAGAAGGGAAGGUUUGUGCCCCCUGGGCCCCGGCCGCUUAUAUUGGGCAACAGGCUCCUCCCUAAAAUUUGUCUUGUCCUUUCCCACAAUGGGGAGAGUAAAGUAAUAUGUCACAAAGUCUGCACCCGGUCUAGUAACCCAUAGCAACAGGGGCAUAUUUAUAAUAAGGCACCUGGGGGGGACAUUUUGGGGGGGCCUAUAUUUUCCAUAGGAAAUCCAAUGAUGGAGCCCUGCAUAGCAACCAAUGAAGUGACUAGUUCAGCUACCUACCGAUUGGUUGCUAUGGGUUACAAGAGCUUCAUUAGAAUAAGGCCGGCCCACCCAGCAGCGCUCUAAUUAAAAGAAACCUAUAACAAUUACGACUCCGGCCCCAAAGGACUGGAAAUUCCGUUUCCCGGGAUGGCGGCGGCUUUGCGGUGAAAGGCGACAGCUUCGUUCAUACGUUAAAUCUGAAACACAAAUAUUAGCGGAACCUGUGGGGCAGGAGGGAGGAGUCCAGAUACAGAGGGAAAUGCUGAGACUUUGUCUGUUCUCUGGUUCUGACUCCUGAAACAAUGUACAGAGGCAGCGGAAGGGGUUUAUACACAGCGCAGAUAUGUAAGAUUGGGGGGCACUGUGGGGGCACAAUAAGCUAUAGCCCCCGGCCAGUUACUACGUGUGAUGUCAGUCUGGCUCCGCCCUUACAUGAUACACUGAGACCCCCGUUAUAUCAGGGGAAAAUAGUAUUCUAGGGGCCCCAUAAUUUAUAUAAAAUUGGGCUGUUUAACCUAUGGUCCCCCUGCUGUUGGCCCAUUCUUGUCUCUCUAGCGCUCCUGUCGCCAUAUUGUUCUACUGCCUUUAUAUUGCCCUACUGUCCCCAUCUUGCCCUACUGUCUCCAUCUUGCCCUACUGUCUCCAUCUUGCCCUACUGUCUCCAU